CGGUACACAAGCCUGAAUUGGUGAUGCGCAAAAAAUAUGCAAAAGCUGAAGCGUUAAUUGGAGUGAGAAGUAAUACGACUCUUUCAUCGAGCGUGUUUAUGAUUUUAAGAACGAUAUGUUAGUUUUGGAGGUUGUUGUCAUUUCUGGGUAGUCGGUAACAAGACGUUUAGAGCUAAUAGCAAUGUUGCUCUGUAAACUUUCGUGGUUGUCUGGUGUAGUCAUAAUCUUUAUAGGUGUCUCGGUUAGGGCACAGAAGCUAACCGCAGUGAGAGAUAAAGUUAGCGUAAAUGUUCGGCAAGAUGUCUCUCUGAACUGGACCUUGGAAAUAAAACCUGGAGAGAAACCUUUAAUAUUAUGUGGAACAAGCACAAGCGGUUUGGAAGACUCGACCCCUACAUUGAAAGACGUACUUUUUGUUAAAGGCAAAUUUCAGGACAAACCUCAGCCAUCAGAUGAGAUGCCUUCCAAAUUUUCCGGCAGAGUCCACAUGAUUUGGCAGAGCCAAACUAUUUCGCUCACGAUCAAGCGGGUUGAUCUAUCAGACGAGGGCUUUUACAUGUGCGAAGUCAGUACGUUAUUUGUCACCGCCAGAGAAAAAAUAUCCUUGGAAGUGAUAGAUCCUCCACGGAUUACAACAGUUCUUCCAAAGGAAAUUAACAAGAAUGAAGGCCAAAAUUUACAACUUACUUGUGAGGCCAAUGGGCGGCCAAAACCAAGGGUCUCAUGGAAGAGAGGAGAAACAGUUUUCAAUAGGACACGGCAGAUUUCCUCUCUGAAUUUUUCACCCUUAACUUACAAAGAUCAUGGGGAAUACAGAUGUGUUGCUGAAAAUGCUGGUGGAAGGGAAGAAAAAAAAGUCAAAAUCAAUGUCCAGUAUUCACCCAAGGAAACCAACAUUACCACAGAUGCUUAUCAGGACACAGUUAGUGAUGGUACUCGCAUUUCAAUCACUUGUGAAGCAUAUGGGAAUCCUAAACCACUUUACCAAUUUUUUAUUGAAGAUAAGCCUAUAACAGAUAGAAAGGCAGAGAUAUCAGGUGUACUAAAUGUGACAGCCAUUACCUUCAGGCAAAGUGGAAUCUACAGCUGUGUACCAGAAAAUGAAAAAGGCAAAGGUCCCAAAAAGGAGGUCACCAUAUACGUCCGACACAAACCGGAGAUCACUCGUCAACCAGCCAACGUGGCUGUAGAUGAAGAUUCCCCUGUAUCAGGGUUUUGUGAUGCCAAAGGUUACCCACCUCCAGAAAUAACAUGGGAGAAAAUACGAGGCAAUAAACUGGUUGCCAGAGGAAGGAAUUUGUUUAUUCCAAAUGCUCAGCGAUCUGAUAAGGGACGGUACAGAUGUGUGGCUUCUAAUGGCUUUGGAUAUGCAAGUGCAGAAUUUAGGAUUGAUGUUUACUACAAGCCUGUUAUUAAUAGGACUGCAUCAAGUCAAGACGUUCCAGUGUGGGCAGGGAAUACGGCAAAUUUGUCAUGUGUUGCUGACGGCAACCCAGCUCCUCGAUACAUCUGGACUAACUCAACUGGUCAUGUAGCAACCUCAGAGGAGAGUGGAGUACUGCAGGUAACUCCACAGGAUUCCGAUGGUUUUGGGCCGUACACAUGUACAGUGGAGAACAGUAAAGGAAAGGAUUCCUAUGAUAUACGUCUGGUGAAAGUUGAUAAACCAAUUGUCAAACUUAACCUUGAAGCACGGUCCACAACCUCUCUCUCCUUCACUUGGUCAUUACUGUCAGAUAGCAUGAGCAAUUUACAUCUGCAGUACUACACUUUACGAUACCGUAUGGAUCAGGACAGCACCUGGUUGACAAAAAGAAUUUCUCCACAAGACAAUUCUUACGUGCUUACUGAUUUACAGCCAUAUACUUUGUAUACUGUACAAUUGCUUGCAACAAAUUUGCACUUUACUAGUGACCCAUCGCGUGUCACAGCAAUGACUGGUGCAGCAGCACCUGGACCUCCUGAGAAUGUCAGGGCAUAUGCAGUCAACAGGACGUCUAUUCGUGUGGAGUGGGACCCCCCAAAGAAACCCAAUGGACCAAUAAAAACAUACUCUGUCUUUAUCCCAGACAGUGUGCACUUGGUGUCUGUUAAGGAAAAUGUUACUGAGGUUGUCAUUGGACAUCUGGAGCCAUACACCAACUACACUGUGAAAGUGAGGGUGCAAAACAGUGUAGGUACAAAGGAGAGCUCUGCUGUGAUUGUUCAAACAAAACAAUCAGCCCCGAGUAAACCAGGUAAACUUGAGGCAAACAUGACAGGACCUUACAGUGUGCGUCUAAAAUGGACAAAACCAAAAAGAGCAAAUGGCAUAAUAGUGAUAUUCAAAGUAAGAAUGUUCUGGAGGUUCAAGAACAGAAAAGGAGGGUACAAAUACGAUACUUACAUUAUCCCUGCAAAAGUUACAAACAAGAGGAGGAAAAGGAGACUUGCCCGUGAAACGUCAGACAAUAUUGUAUGGAGGCUAGAUCCCUUCAGAGACAUAGAGCUAAAAAAGAUACAGCCUUUUGCUAUCAUAUCAGUGCGUGUAUCUGAGGCAACUAGAGAUGAUGACAAGGAACCAAUGUGGAGUCCAUUUUCCAGUAACCAGACCAUAGAGACUAAGGAGGGAGCACCAGGUGCUCCAAGUGAUGUCAAACUGGAAGAGAAAUCAGCCACGUCCUUGUUAGUGACUUGGAAAUCACCUGAGUAUCCAAAUGGAAUUAUUCAGGGAUACAGGAUAAUCUACUCUGACAACACAGGGAGAAACGUCAGCACAGCAGAUAUCACAAAAGGGCUGACCAAUAAAACAUUGUUUUAUCUAUUAACUGGUCUCAAGGAGAAUGCAGAGUACAAAGUUUAUGUUCAAGCUUUUACUAGUUAUCCAGGGAAGGUCAGCUCUCCAGUCAUUUACAACAAAACACCAGUAGAUGUGGCAGAACGUACUGGAGUGGACACUGGAUCUCUGUAUGGUGGAGUAUUUGCUGGGAUAAUAAUUUUGGCUUUUGCGAUCAUCAUUAUUGCUUUAAUUAUAAGAAAACACAGAAGACGAAGAGAUUCCACAGAACUCAAGAACAAUCGUUAUGCUGUGGCUAACUCUAAUGACAGUGGGAUAGGAGAUAAGGACUCUCUUGACCGUGUGCCUGGGAUCAAGUAUCUUCAAGGGCGACGUGGAUCAGAAGAUGUAGUGGGUCCAGGAAAGUUUGUAACAAUCAAACCCAUUCCUAUUGAAAAGCUGAGAGAAUACUGUGAAAUCAAUCAAGCUGAUGGCAACAAGGCAUUUAGAGAAGAGUUUGUGUCCAUCCGGGUACCAGGAAACUUCACAUGGGAGAGCAGCCAGAGACCAGAAAAUAAAGCCAAGAACAGAUACAAGAACAUUAUUCCAUAUGACCACACGAGGGUGCAAUUAGUGGAGUUGGAUGGUUAUCCAGGAAGUGAUUACAUCAAUGCCAACUUCAUUGAUGGUUACAAUCAUCACUGCAAGUUCAUUGCUACACAAGGUCCUGUUGCUAGCACAUUUGGAGACUUCUGGCGAACGGUCUGGGACCAAGGCGUUUGUAUCAUUGUCAUGGUUACAAACAUGGUGGAAGGAGGACGGAUAAAGUGUCUGAAGUAUUGGCCGAGCGCCAGUCCAGAAAUGUACGGUCCUGUCCUGGUUUCUCCGGGUGAUGAGGAAGAACUUGCUGACUAUGUGAUUAGAAAGUUUUCUGUUCAGAUGACCUCAGACACAGCCGAGUAUCGCGCUCGUGAGGUGAUACAGUAUCACUUCACGGCUUGGCCUGAUCAGGGGGUCCCUACCCACGCAACCUCCUUGCUUGCUUUCCUGAAGAAGGUCCGUGCCUCUGUGCCAGAGGAUUCUGGGCCCAUUUUGACCCACUGCAGUGCUGGUGUAGGACGCACCGGGACAUACAUUGUACUUGACGCCAUGUUGGACCAAAUAGAUGCUGAGGGGGUGGUAGACAUCUAUGGUUUUGUCUGUCAUAUCCGUCAACAGAGAAGCGCCAUGGUGCAGACAGAGGCCCAGUACGUAUUUAUCCAUGACGCUCUGGUGGAGUAUGUCACAUGUGGCAGUACAGAAUUUGCUGUGCGUGACCUACCAGAGAAUUUGCGUGUUCUUAACACCAUUGAUCCAGACAGUGGAGAUUCGCUUCUGGUGGUGGAAUUCAAGAACCUUGGCCUGGGUGACUCAGAUUACGAUUCAUUCAUCAGCGCCUCUCAGCCUGAAAAUAAAUCCAAGAACAGAUUUGCCAUACUCCCAUUUGAUCGAUCAAGAGUAAAACUGUGGCCUUUCACGGGUAUGGUGGGGUCUGAUUACAUAAACGCAAGUUUUGUAGACAGUUUCCAGCAGCGCGAGGCAUUCAUUGCCACCCAGGCCCCGUUGGAUACUACGGUCGUUGAUUUCUGGCGAAUGACCUGGGAAUAUGAAGCUAAUUGCAUUGUCAUGUUAUGCACACAGAACGAGAGAGAAGAGGGAAUCUGUGCAUCUUAUUUGCCUCACAAAGAGGAGUUCAUUGUUUAUGGUUUGUUGAUGAUCGAGAUUGAAGCGGAAGAUCUGAGAAAUGGUUUCUGUAGAAGACAACUGAAAAUUACGAACACAAAGAGCGGUGAAGAGCGCACCCUUUAUCAUUUUCAUUUCACGGACUGGGCAGAGCGCUCAAUUCCUCUUAAUGGUGUCGGGCUUCUUGACAUGAUGAAAUGUAUCACAAGGGUGCAGCAGCAGACAGGCAAUGGACCAAUAGUCGUCCACUGCAGUGAUGGAAGUGGUCGUACUGGCACUUUCUGCGCUAUUAAUAUAGCGCUGGAGCGGGUCAAACUUGAUGGUUCAGUAGACAUGUUUCAGACCGUACGGCGCUUGCGUACUCAGAGACCUCUUAUGGUACAGACAGCGGAGCAGUACAAGUUCUGUUAUGCGAAAAUACUGGAAUAUCUUCACAAACAAGACAAGUGCUAUACAAAGUGUUGCACAUUACGUGAGGCCUCUUGUCUCAGAGAGCUGGUAGAGCCCUUUAACAUUAUUUAUGAAAAAGAUUCAGUGCCCUCUUUGUUGGAGAAUUCAGCACUAUUUCUCAUCGGAUAGAGAGAACAGACAACUCAAGAAAUGGAUACAGUGAUCUUUUAUUCUCGAUGAAUGACACACCCCCAAAAAAACCCUGCACGGAAAGAGAACUUCAUGCCAUAUCGAAGUGAAGUUCAUGAGUUGUUGGUAGUGGUUCUUUGAAGUUAAAAUUGGCUUCCCAAGUGCACUUAAAAGGAAAGGAACGAUUGUUUCGAUCACGGUAUUAAUUUUGUUUCUGCAAUAAUGUUUAAUUCUCAUGGGUAUUUUCUUGGAAAAGUGAUGUAAUAAUUAAGAUAUUUUAAAAUUGGUGCUAAAUUGCUCAGACGCAUAAUUCUAGAAUCUCUGUAAUUACAACUGGACCUCACUUGACUUUUCCACGGUUUCAUUAGGG